CAACACACAGGCGAGUUUGUUUAUUGGUAGCCAUGUUGAAGGAGGCAAAAUGCUUUGUGAACCAUCUUAACAGUAUUAUACUAACUGGUGACUUUGACAAACUAUCACAUCUGAUUGAGGACGCUGACUUCAAUUAGAAUCCUGCAUCCGUUCAGCACCGUUGUUCGAAAUGGUUACCAGCUGCGCUGCUCAUGGCUGCACCAAACGACUGAUUCCAGGCAAGAAGCACGGCAUUACAUUUCACAGAUUUCCCAAAAAUGAAGUCCGGAGGAAACUGUGGGAGGCAGCUGUGGGUCGCAGUUUGGGGCGUGAAAACGAAUGGAGAGCCAGGCCGUCAGCUCAGCUCUGCUCUGACCACUUUACCCCAGAGUGCUUUGACAGGACAGGCCAGACGACGCGUCUCAGAGAGGAGGCCGUUCCAUCCAUCUUCAAGUACACUCCACCUGCUCCUAAACAGGUAAAAAGUAAAAGACAACGAAAGAAGAAGCAAGAGCCUCCAAGCACCGCAGUGAAAGAGGCGACCGGUUCUACUGCAAAGGGUCCUGAUCCAGAUAGAAAAUCAGAAGCUGAUAAUGGAAACAAAGACAACGGGAAAUGUUCGGAGCAGAUGCCAAAAGCGCAACAUUCCGACACCAGAUCAUUCUCCCUGGAGGAGGCCGUCGCAAUAAUAAAAGCAGAGAUGAAACGAUGUUCAGGUACUGCACAAGUUACAAAUGAGUCCCAGAAAGAGGCAAGAAGACAAAGCCAAGGUGGCACAGCGACACCAACGAGAACGGACACCCCAUAUAAAAAAAUAUCAUCCUCUUCAAAGAUUUCAUCCGCAUCGAGCAGUACAAGUUCGCUAGAGUCCCUGGCAAGCAGCAAAAGUUCAGGAGAAUCGUCGUCAAGCAGCAAAAGUUCAGGAGAAUCGUCGUUAAGCGGCGAAAGUGCACGACAAGCGUCAGAAAGCGGCAGAAUUACACGAGGAAAACCGGCAAGCGACAGAAGUGCUCGAGGAACACCGCCAAGGGGGAAAUGUGCACGAGAGACAUCGGCGAACACAGCUGCACCGGAAACAUUGACAAACAGCAAAAGUGCACUAGAACCGUCGGCGAACAAUCCCAAGAGAAGCGUAUCUACAUCGAACGGCAUCCAUGCGAACUCGUUGGAUCAUCGCUAUGCUAGCACGGCUAAGCAAACGGAAGCACCUUCAAGUUCCUCAGUUCCUGCCCAGGUAGUUGAGAAGACAGCUGUGGCGCAAAAGAAACAGAGGACAUCCUUGCAUACCCUAAUGCAAUGGAGGGUGAACCAGCUCCAAGACAAAGUCGAUUCCAUGAGCCGAAAGGUCAGGGCGCUCGCCAAAAAGAACGUGAAGUUACAGGAAAACCACAGCAAGGCUAAGAAACUGCUGGUGGAAUUCAAGAAAAGGCAUCCACCUCCAGAGCCCGUUCUGGAAUCCUUGCAACUCAAAAGACCGAAAUCGGAUACAGAUUUCAUUGUAGAUAUCCUCGAAGCAAUGCUUUCGUCGGAUGAAUCGUGACAUUAUCAGAAACUAUAGUUUCCAUUACAAUUGAAUUGAACAAAGACCAAUUAAAAAUGGUG